AUGCGCGUAAAUGGCAAGCAAUGGCAUGCCCCAAAGAAGGCAUUCCGCCCAACCAAGGGUUUGACCUCGUAUGAGGCGCGCGUCAAGUUGAGAGCGGACCAGGCAGCGAUGAAGGCAAAGGAGAAGGAGAUGAAGGAAGAAAAGGAGGCUGAGCGCAAGGCACGAAUGGAGGCCCUCAAGGCGAAGCGCGCGGCGAAGGAGGAGAAGGAACGAUACGAAAAGAUUGCCGAGAAGAUGCACAAGAAGCGGGUGGAGAGGCUGAAGCGCAAGGAGAAGCGCAACAAGUUGAUCAAUUCGUGA